AUUUCGAGAUUUAGUUGCCAUAAAUUUUUAUUUGUAAUAUUCUUUAGAUUAUAUGGCAAGUGAUGUUAAAUGUUUUUAGACUUACCUUAAAUUUUUAGAUCUAAUUUAAAUAAAUAAAAAUUAAAAACAAUCGACCAAUCAAAUUAUAACAAUUUUUUUGAAACUUCACCUAUGAGCGACACGUCACUAGAGCUCACUAAAGUGAUUUCUCUUUUAAUAUAUAGGGGGGCUAGAUUCUGUUCCGCACGUCUGUGCGGGUAUUUGUUUUUAAUUUCUAUAUUGUUCAUAAUUUUUCUUAUAUGCUUGAUUGUAUAUAGUUUUACGACUAACCAAUACAGACCUAUUUGCAUCAAUUUUAUUAAUUGUUUUAAACUGUCAAAUUGUCUUACUCGGUUAUGUAUACAAAUAUAUAGAUAUGUAUAUAUACAUAUAUCAUGAUGAGUUAGCAAUGAAACAUAGAUAUAUAUAACACUAAAGGUGAAUUAACUAAAACAAACAAUUUGUUUGUUUAUAUAGUAUUGUUUUAUAAUAUUUCAUUAUUUAUUAAUAGCAAUUUUUUUAGUUCUUAAUAAGAUAGAUGAAUAGGUAUUGUGAUUUUUUUUAUUAUAAAACUUUACACAUUUAUUACGAAAAUCUGAUUUGGUUAGUUGCGAUUAUAUUUUAGAUUUGUAACAUUAAAAAGACUUAAGUUGGGUUGUGGUACAAUAGAAGGAAUAUUCCUAUAACCGAUAAUUCCAUAUACAAUUUGUUCAUUAGAUAUUUGGAAUAUAUUGGUUUUAAAGGAAAUUCGAAUUAGUAAAAAAAAAUUGAAGUCGCAUUAGGAAAUUUAAUAGCUGAAAAAUAGGAGAUGUUAAGUAAAGAUUGAUAUCGUAAUAUUAGUUAGGAGCUGUUAUGGAAUAUCAUUGGUUUUAAUAAUAUGGUUAAGUCUAUCAAUUUAAUUUGGAUGGACGUUUAAUAAUUUUUUAAACAAUGGUAUUUAAAUCCAGUGGCAUAGGAUGGUAAUUCUUUAAGAAAAAUAAGAGUUAUUUUUUUUUGUACUUUUGUUUUAAUAGUUUAGAAAGUUAGAGUUAACGCCAAUAUCAAUCAUUCUCCUUCAAUUUAAUGGAAAAGUGACUUUUUCCAAUAAAUUACGCAAUGGCUCUACAUAGCUCACAAACUAAGUAUUUGUUACACUUUAUAGUAGAGAUGUUUUAGGGCAACAGAAAGCCAGUAAUGUGUGAUUUCUUUCUUUUUUAAUCACAUACAUUUAACCCAAAAGUUUUAAUUAUACAUCAAGAAUCUAUAGUUACAGCUUCAACUAAUUUGUCCUACGCUAUACAUGAGUUUUUUAAAAAAAUUGUCUUUACACAAAUAGUAACUUCAUUUUUGUUUUUCCCAUUCUUAAACAAGAUUUGCAAUAUAUAUAUAUUGUGUGAAAUUUGAAUCUCACAUUUUCAACUUACAAAUGCUUAGGUUUCAUGGAUAAGUUUCCAAUUUUUUUCAUGAUAAAUUGUUACCUAAGCUAAACUGGAGAUUUUCAAUAUGUUCAAAGUGCCUCUUAGAAAUGUUUAUCCAAAAAGUAUCCUUUGGAUUUCAAAAAUUGUUUUACUAAAUUUGCAAUCUAAUAUAUUUCAAAAUCAAAAACACAAUGAUGAAAAAAAAUUGCACGUAGUACUCAAAAUUUGUUUUAUGUUAUGAUUUAUUUUGAUUUUGUUUCAUUGAUUUAAGAUUUUGUAUCAGUGUUUUUCGAGGUAUUUUAUUUAUUGUUGAUAAAAAGGAGAGUAUCAUUUGUAUAUGAAUAUGACUCAACAAAUGAUCGAAGCUUUUUAAAAAAAAAAAAAAAAACAAAUGAUAGCUAUCACCUUAUAUUAGGAUCAAGUUUCUUAGAAUCCCAUGAUUAUUUCCAUAUUUAAGUACUGUAAUUUAAUUCAUAGAAAAACUAGUGUUCUAACAGACAACUAGAGCUUGACCCGCGCACCCGCGCAGGUGUUAGUUUUUUUUAUAAAUGAAUAUUUAUUUGUAUAAAUGAUAAUAUAUAUUUAAAUUUUUUUUUAAUAUGACAUUUCUAAACACAAUAAUUUUAUAGUUUAUAUUGAGUAGUUUUAUUUUAUCAUGUAACCCCUUAGUUAUAUCAUCCAUUUAUUUAGAAUAUGACAUAUAAAGUCACACAAAUGUAUUUUUAUUUUUUAUGGAUCAAAAUUUUAUGAUUAUAUAUAAUAAAAUUGUUGUAUAAACUGGUUUUAUGGAUCAAAAUUUUAUGAUUAUGUAUAAUAAAAUUGUUGUAUACUAUUUAUUAUGUAUAUGUGGAAUUAGUAAAAUAAUUACCGUAUAAGGUAUGUAAUUACAAAAUGUAUAUAUGGAAUUAAUUAUUUUCAGACACACAUAUGUAUAAUUAAAAAAGGAAAAGACAAAAAAUAUUAAAAGUUAAGUUUAUUAAUUAUUGUUGCCAUGAUUUUUUAGUUAGAAUUUGAUUUUGGAAAUACAUUAAUUGAAGAGAAAAGACAAAAAUCCUAAAAGAUAGGUUAAUUAAUAACUUUAGUGGCAUACCAUUGUAAAUAUAGUGGAAAACUAAGGGAUAAUCUAAUUUUGUACUCCUCUUUUAAUAGAUUAGAUUUAGUAUAAACAAUCAUUCCGCUUGUUCGAUCUCUACACACUCACACAAUUACAUGAUUUUAGUUUUCAAAUUAUCUGCACCAAAAAUCUAAAUUUAAUAAGUGUUUUUUUUUUCUUUUUCUUUUGUAUUACUUGUUUUAAAUAGUCUAAUACAAAACGUGUGAAGUUCAGUAAAUGAUCCUCCUCGACAAGUGUCAUCAACAUUUUAGAAUAACGUCGGUCUGGACACUUUUUAUUUUACUUUUAUGAUGUUGGUAAGCAUCUGUGCCUGAGAUCUCCCCGGUUGUCGUUUCUACAUUGUCAUGCAUGUGUCUAAGCAGUGGCUCGCUGAAUAGCUAAUCUCUCAAUUAUAAAAACCAAUGUUUUGCUUUGGUCCUAAUAAAGUAAUAAAAUAAGUUACAUAACUACGAAUAUAUUUAAAAGAGGACAUAAAUUUCUUUUACCGAUGAGACUUUCCUACAGUAAACAGAGUCACAUAUGUUCUAAAGCGGUUUAAUUUCUUUUUGAAUUAGUUUAACAUUUAUUCAAACAAAAACAAAAGAAGUAAAAUAGGACUUCUAGUAUGUGUACUUGUAUAGAUUUAUAGUCUAACCGAACUGAUCGAGAUAUAUAUACAUAUGGACCUAACUUGUGUUUGUCUGCUUGAGACACAUUAAAAUUUAAAACUUUAUUUAAUGACUAAAAAGUUUUGGGGUUUGUAUUCAUUUACAUCUUCUCAUGACGAGGUUUAAACUAUUUUAAAUUUACUUUCUUCGGGAUUCGGGAGUAUCUUUAAAAAAAAUUCUAUCUUAAAAUUUGCAAAACUAUAUAUUUGAAAUUUCAAAAUAUUGUUUUCCAAAAAAAAAAUUUUAAACUUAACUUUAAAAUCAAUUGUAUUUUACACUAGUUCUUAUAUUUGUCUUAGUUAAUGUAAAUCUAUAGAAUUUUUAUAAAUAACUAGCACAUAUAUAAAAUAUUACAGUAAUUUUAAUUAAUAAAAUUUUAUACUGAAAUAUAAAAUUAUAACUAGAAUACAUAAUUAAAUAUUAAAUUACAAGUAAAAUACUACAUUAUUUAUAAAAUUAUUUCUGUAAUGCUCCUUUUCGGUUACACAAAUUUGUUGUUCUGUUAUAAUAUUUUUGAUUAAUUAAUUUUAUAUCUGAGUGUUCAUACAAAUUUAAUGUUGUGAAGUUGUUUCGAAUUUGAAUCUUCCCAAAGUCCACAUACCGUUAGACGACACCAUAAUGUAGUCAAGCAAAAUGUUUCUUCGACCGUUUUCCUAUUUUCGAUAAGAUAAUUUUUCAGCCGUUGUAUCAUUAUAUUGGUUAUUGCACAUAUUAUUUUUAAGUUAAUAUAUGACAAGUUAGUAAUUAUGAAUCCCUCUAGCUCUCCCUUUUUAAUCUAUCUUUCUCUCUAUAUAUAACUUCUUAAUACUCCUUUGUUUCAUCCCCAGACUCCUCUUUCAUCUCUUUGAGAUCUUAGUCAAAAAUCUAACCAAAGCCAUGAACAUGUUCCAAGAUUGGCCUGAGCCUAUAGUCCGUGUCCAAUCCUUAUCCCAAAGCAACCUCAAAGCCAUACCAAACCGCUACGUCAAGCCUCUCUCUCAACGUCCAAACUUACCCUCUCAAAACCACCACAACAAACACAACCCUGUCACCGCCGCUAUCCCCAUCAUUGACUUAGGUGGCUUAUACACAAACGACAUAACUCUACAUGCGAAAACACUCGACGAGAUCUCAAAAGCUUGUAAAGAAUGGGGGUUCUUUCAAGUGGUUAACCAUGGGAUGAGUCCUCAGCUCAUGGACCGAGCAAAAGAAACAUGGAGAGACUUCUUUCAUCUUCCCAUGGAGCUUAAGAACAUGCAUGCUAAUUCGCCAAAAACUUAUGAGGGAUAUGGAAGCCGACUUGGCGUAGAGAAGGGAGCUAUUCUUGAUUGGAGUGAUUACUAUUAUCUUCAUUACUGCCCUUUGUCUUUGAAGGAUUACACCAAGUGGCCUUCUUUAUCUCUUCAUCGCCGCGAAAUAUUGGAGGAUUAUUGCAAGGAAAUGGUUAAACUGUGCGAAAACUUGAUGAGUAUAUUAUCGAGAAACUUGGGAUUACAAGAGGACAUCCUUCAAAAUGCGUUUGGUGGCAAAGAGGAACCUGGAGGAUGUUUAAGGGUUAAUUAUUACCCAAAGUGCCCUCAGCCAGAGUUAACACUCGGCCUCUCACCACACUCCGAUCCCGGUGGAUUGACCAUUCUUUUGCCGGACGAGCAAGUAGCCGGCCUUCAGGUCCGUGGAUGUGACGACGCUUGGAUCACAGUCGAGCCAGCUCCUCAUGCUCUCAUCGUUAACAUUGGUGACCAAAUUCAGAUGUUGACCAAUUCAAUAUACAAAAGCAUAGAACACAGAGUGAUCGUGAGCCCUGCAAAGGAGAGGUUGUCAUUGGCAUUCUUCUACAACCCAAAGGGCAACAUCCCAAUCGAGCCAUUGAAGGAGCUAGUGACCGAAGAUUCACCAGCUCUCUACUCUUCCACGACCUAUGAUCAAUACCGUCAAUUCAUACGUACGCAAGGUCCACGUAGCAAGUCUCAUAUCGACGAACUUAGAUCCCCUCGAUAGUAGAACAUGCGUACAUUGAAUUUACACAGACGAGUUUUUUCUUGUCUAAACAAUGAACUGUGUGUAUUUUAUGUAGAUAUGAUGUUACAUUAUGUUAAAUAAUGAACUAUGUUUUCUUUUGUAUAAAUAUUGAAUUAUACUUUUAAGUU